AUGCCACCGGCCGCGUCCGAGGAUAUCUUCCAAAACUUCAACCAGCUCUCGCUUGACAACACCCCGCUCUCCCAAAGCCCCAGCUCCGCUCCGGAUAUAACUGGGAAGAAGAAGAAAAAGGGCAAGAACAAGAAUGGAACAAAAGGAAAGGAUACCCUACCCCAGCAAGCGGACCAGAUGGCAUCAGACGAAAUCCAACCAUCCCCCCCGUCUCAGUCUGACCCAUCGUCCUUCCCCGGCAACGCAUUCAAUAUCCCCGCCGUCAGCCGGCCCGUUGGGACUUCACCAUCUCCGGUGCUAGGGGCACUGGGCCAAAUCAACAACAAUCCCGAGAGUGAAACAGUCUUGCGUACGGAUGCAUGGGCCAAGUCCAUUCCCUUUGGAAAAAGCCCUCCAAAUGACGUGCUAGACCCUGCAUUUGCCAGUGGCUCUCCUCGUAGUGUUCCAACCACUCUCGAAAGAGCUGCUUUUGCCUCAUCGACAUCCCCUCCUCCCGCUGCAGCGCGGCCAAUCAGCUAUGGUCAAAUCGGCUUCACAUCAUCACCGUCACCACGCCAUACGUCUAUCGAUAGGCAGAAACGUCAUUCGAUGGGUACUCACUUUCAAAACCAACCACCGCUGCCCCAUCUUCCCCAGGCCCAUUUCUAUGGAGCCCCGGAAAUCGAUAUUCCCUCGCCACACAGGCCUAGUGCCGACAGUCACUAUUCGUUUUGUGGCUGGGACUAUGUUCCAGGGCUUCCCCUCAAGACAAGCAAGAUCGGGGGAAAGGUGCUCGUGGUUGGUAUGGAUGGCGAACUCAACAUUCUUGCAAUAGAAAACCACAAGACACGCACUAUCGGGACACUGACCGGCCUGAAUGGACGAGUGCUGGAUGCGAAAAUUCUUACCUAUACUGCGAGAUCCGAUCCAUAUGCCUCCUCUCGUCCGCAUGUCGCCGUCACUCUUCAUGGCCCGACAGCUUCCAAGGACGAGCCUGGCGAUGCUUCGUCUGUAGCGUCAGACCACAACGAGAUUCUCCCUGGCCUGCCUGGAAAGUCAACGACCAGUGAAAAACCCCAGACCAGAGAUGAAACAGUUUAUCAGACAAGGGUGGAGAUUUACUCCAUCAAGACCGGCGAGCACAUCACCACCCUUUUCCAGAGUAAACCGGCACCAUGUUUCGAAAACUAUCCCAAUUUGUCUUUGAUCGCCCCAGCACCCGUGGGGAACCUGAGGCUGUAUACAAGCAUGAAUUAUAUUGUCGUCGUUUCUGGAACAAGUGGAGAGGUUUUUAUCUACGGAGUGGUUUCUGCAUCGUACCAAUGUUUGGGCAAAACAUGGACUUCCGUUCAGUCGCGAGAAGUCAGGCGCUAUUCGACUUCAUCGAGCUCUACAGAUCAGGAUGGAUCGCAAGCAGAUAUCCAUUAUGGUUCUGUUUCUUCAGAAGUUCCUAUGAUCUCGCUUAAUGGACGUUGGCUAGCUGUUGUCCCACCGGCGUCAUCUUCGAGAGCCCCGCCUUUGGGAACAGUUCCAACGCACCUAGUACAAAGGAAGAUCCCAGGACUAGACACACAUAUCCCACCAUCUAAGCCGGCUGUCAACUGUGCGACAGACCUAGGAGACGGCGAAAGCUUUUUCGAUAAGGUAGCUCGAGGUGUCACACAGGAGUUUUUCAGAGGAGCUCGAUGGAUGGGUGACCAAGGCUUGCAAGCAUGGAACAGCUAUUGGAAUAAAGAUCAAUCGAGCCCAGGGGGGAAUGCACGGCGUUCUUCUCCGUAUUCAGAAACUCAAGGGCCACAUGGACUGUUUCCUCCUACCCACGGUCAAGACACGUCGGGAGCAUUAUCUUCCGAGCCCGAUUUGGUCUCAAUCAUUGACAUGAAAAAGCUUGAACAGGGACAAGAUCCAAAAGGCGCCGCUCUAGUGCCGUUUGCAACCUUUCAAGCACCAAACGGAUGCGGAUUUCUCUCUUUUUCUCCCAAUGGGCAUAUGCUGUUAACAGCUAGCAAAAAGGGAGAUGUUCAAUACGUAUGGGAUCUCAUGCAGGCGAAGAAUUACCGAUCGGCUGUAUUCAUGUCUGAAGAUGUUGUAGGAAAUUCUCCUCUCACUCCUCAUGUACGACUGAUAGCAAGACAUUCCCGGUUGACAACUUCGAGCAUCGUCGACAUUGUCUGGGCUUAUCCUACUGGAGAAAAAUUCGCUGUCAUCACUCGAAAGGGCACUGUCCAUGUUUUUGAUAUUCCUCGAGCCGCGUUUCAAUGGCCACCACUUCGGCGUGUCCAAGCCAAAUCUCAGGGACCGAGUGCGGAAGAUCAGACGCCACUCAGCCCGGAAUCAGAGGAGGCAGGAACUGCAAGCCCGUUCGCAACGGCCAUGAAGCUUGUGGGAGGGACCACGCAGCCUAUUCUGGCUGCUGUCAGAGGUCGAGCCCCUAGUGUGGGAAGCAAUUUCUCUGGAACUCCUACAUUUGGCAUUUCGUCAGCAGCUGGAAUCAGUGGUAAAGCAGUUGCCGUGGGUUUGAGCAAAUCUGUCGGAGCUGCAACUGGGACGGUCAACACCCUACGGCAUGUGGGAGAAAAUCGACUGCACUUGACCGGAUUCACCAAGGACCCCACGCCAUCUCGCGUGACAUGGAUUACUAUCCAUAAUGAAUGUCUGUUGGGUGUGAUCGACCAUGGCUUGUUCAGGCUGUAUAGGGUCCAGCGCAGCGCAGAUAGAAACAAAGCUCGACGCCACCAGUCUGUCAUAGGAAACAGAGUCGCGGAAAUCAAGUUACCAGCUUACCUGCAAGACCUUUCUGGACCCCUGCAAAUCGGCCUCCCUGCAGAUGAGAAGGUAGCGGGCAGCUGGGCUUUGUCGUCGAGUGCACCUCAUUCUUCGUCGACUACGAAACUAGAUUCCCAGCCACUCUCACAGGCCGAGAUCGAGACAAACACUCCUUACCAGCCGUUCCAUACAGAUCGCAGGGUAAAUAUACAGGUCCUGGUGGAUCCUGCGUCUGCAUCAGGGCCUACGUUGGGGCCAUGGGUCUUUGGCAACGAUAUUCCAACCCAGACACUUCAUGUUCGGCCUCUUCAGCACAGCGAUGAUGAAGAAACGCAUGGUCAGGUAGCAGGAGCCCCGGAAAUGGAAAACCUCAUCAGCCUCGGCAAUGGCAGAGAUCAGGUGGAAGAAGUUGUUAUAACUACAAGACGGAAGAAGAGGCAAUCUAGCGCCCACUCCCCUACUUCUCGACGCGACGACGACGACGGAUUCUUUGAAGACGACUGCGAUGUUUUGGACUUUGCUCAGGAUCGAGUUUAG